AUGCCCGAAGCCGCUCGCGAAAGCUUCCACCGAGUUCGCACACAGUUCGCCAUGUCCUCCGCUCCCCUGAGCCAAGCGGCCCGCCGACGCAUCCUAGCCGACCUCAAGACCCUCCAAGAAGAGCCCAUCCCCUUGGCAGCAGCAGCGCCCUGCUCGGAUGCCGACCUCAGCCUAUGGAACGGCGUGAUCGGCACGCAGAUGGAGGUAACCCACCUGGGCUGCGUCACGGUGCCCCUCCACUUCCUGAUCGACUUUCCUUGUGACUAUCCCCUGAGUGCACCGAAUAUCGGCUUCUCCUUUGAAUUCCAGUACCGGGGAGGGGCCUCCUAUGUGCAACCGGACGGACGACUCAAGGGGAAACUCGUGAUUUGCUUGGACGUGCUUGGCAACUUUGGCCAUGUCCACACGGAGUGGAAGAGCACCGUAGGCAGCGGUUGGAGCCCCGCUUACACAGUCACGACACUUAUGAUUCAGCUGCAGUCCGUCCUCUGUGACCUGGGAACGCAGAUGACCCAGCAGGAGCGAGACAAGACGUACCAGUCGGCAGUUCGCUUCUGUGAGAAGAAUCCCAGGGCAGUCUUGCCGAUCCUCGACGAGGACGAGAUCUACGAACUGCGUCGAAAGCAACAGGUGCAGCAGCAGCUGCGUAGAAUUUGCCGCGGGGAUGAUGCACUAGUCGAGCGUGUCAGCAAAAUCGCUCGCAGGGCAGGCCUUGUUGAGCGGGAAGGGCAGCUGGACAGUUUUCUGGAGUUGCUGUCUGAUGUGGCGUCCACAGCAUCUGGCUCAUGCUCUGCAAGCGAGACGGAAUCAGUGGCAAAAAUCGACAAGAACAUCUGCUGCUGGAGCACUGGCAAGCUCUACACCGAGGCUUUGUUAGGUGUGGGCGUCAGCCGGGAGCGCAAGAAUCUGGGGACAGCUGGUGAGCUGCUUUCCAAGGAGGCCUUCGACGGGGGUCUGCGCCAAAACACCAACAAGUCUCCGUUUGAGUUCUUCCUGCCAGUCUGGAUCAAUGAGGCGCAUGCUGCAGGGAGCACGCAGUGGCGCGAAGAGCUAAGAAAGCAAGUCCUACAGAUUGGCAGGAGCGUCUUCGAGGCUGGCAACGAGGAUGCAGCAGCCAUGGAGGUGUUUCCUCGGCUCAUCAACCAGAUGAUCGUAGAGAUGAUGAGACCUGAUUCAGACAAGAGUGCCGCGAUUGCAACCUUCGAGGCUCUGUGCAACUUCUGGCGAACCUUUCGCUGGCUAGUGGACACCCGAGAAGGCCUCCGCAACAAGGUCGCCAACACCCUGACACGAUUCGUCAAGGAGGAGUCCUUUCGGCACAAGGACCACUCGCCAGAUCUGGGGGCACUGCUGGUUCUGUUCACGGUUAUGCAGGGAUACCCGGCCUGUCCGGCGAGGGAUGACUUCAUCAGCACGUAUGCUGACGAGAACUCCCUCCGUUGGGUGAUGUGGUGGCAGCGCUCCGGCACCCCACCCGACGGCGGAGCUGUGUUUCAGGCCACCAAGGUGUCCAGGGAGAUCCUGAUGUUUCAGAUGGCAGUCGUGGACAUUGUGAUCGGAGAUGUGGCCAAGACCCUCAGCGACAUGGAGGAGACAAAUUGCAAGCUUCCAGAGCGGUUGGAGCACCUGCAGGCAGAAUGGCGGAAGCGCAAGGAGUCUGUGGGGGAUUGGACCGCCUACUACAAUUGCAUUGGUGCUGCCAGACCAAGCUUUCCCAGCACGGGCGAGUGGAUUGCCAGCUGUGUUCGCCGAGCGGCGGCGGAGAAGGGCCCAAAGUAUGGCUCCGGCGGCGGCAAAGGUGAGAAGGGCAAGGGGAAGGGCAAGGGGAAGGGGAAAUUUUGA